CGCGAUCUCGCCCACGGGGCGAACAAAUAAAUGAACCGAGGGGGGGUGGUAGAGAUCACCAAAAUAAUCUUGACUACAGUUCUCGACGCAAUUGAAAAUUUUCCAAUUUGCAAAGAACGACUCUACUUUGAUGUCAUUACAAAAACACUCGUCAAUUUACCCCAAACCUGCAAAAUUCACACAAACAUAAUGACACUAAAAAAUUGUGUGUGAAAUGAUUUUGCAAUUAAAAUGCAGUCAAACAGUUUAUUAAAAAGGCUUUGUUGUCCAUGUUAAUUAAUCACGCUGCCGUUUCAUUACCGAACAGAAAUGAAUUAUUGAACAUCUAGUAAUAGUCUUCGUGUCUUGCAAGAAUUUUUUUCAUUAUUAUGGAAUGAUCGAGGCUAAAACAUGGGUUCUUUUGUCCAAUUUGUUCGUAAAACUGCUUCGCGUGUUUACAAGAGGAAAGGCGACGAGAAUGGCGAGUUGCAUCCGUUGCAUGAAACUUGUAAUAAAUGGUCGAGUUCUUGUUUUAACUUGUAUCAGGCGUGCAUUAUCGGUGACGUGGAUGCUGUGAGAUGGUACAUUAAUGUCGGACACAAAGAUGUCAACCAGCCCGACACAAAUGGUUGUACAGCGUUGUUUUACACCAUCCAGAAGAAUAACGUGGUGCUGGUCAAAGAUCUCGUGAACGCUGGAGUUGAUGUGAACAAGAUGGCAACCUUGGAAGAAGGAAUAAUGGUCACUCCAGUGCAUAUCGCAGCCAAAUACAACAGAUGCGAGUGUUUGAAAAUCCUCCUGGAAAACGGCGCCGAUGCUAACAUUGGAAAUUCGUUCGGGCAAACAGCAUUGCAUAAUGCUGCAAGACGGAAGCUCAAUGAAAUGGUCAAGAUUCUUAUCAAGCAAGGCAAAGCAAAUGUGAAUCACGCUGAUCAUGACAUGGUGACAGCAUUGCAUAUGGCUGCUACCCCAGGAAACGACGGUGAAAGAGCGGCGGUUGUUAACACACUGCUAGUAAAUGGUGCAAAUCCGUUCAGCGAAGAUAACGAGGGGAAUACGGCAUUUCACGAGGCUGCUGAGAAUGGCGUUGAUGAUGUCCUCGAAAUUUUUUGCGAGUACAAAGAUUACGAUAGCGGUUGUUGCUCAAGUAUAGCAGAUGUAUUAAACAAACCACGAAAAGAUGGAUUCAAUUGCCUACAUCUUGCCGUAAAAUACGACCAUGAAAAGGUUAUUCGACUGUGCAUUGAUCACAAGGCUGAUAUUGAUCGUAAAUCGACACAUGGGGAUACUCCAUUGCACAUUGCGUGCUGCAGAGACAGUACAAAUGCUGUAAAUAUUUUGUUGGAGAACGGCGCGAAUAUAAGCAUUAAGGACAGCGAGGAUCGUGUCUUCCUUCACAGGGCCGCCAUCAGAGGAAGUAUUUCAACCUGCGCUUUACUUCUCGAAAAGGGUGCUGAUAUAGAUGCCUAUAAUGUCUGUGGUAGCGCACUAUUGCACGCUAGCUUUAACAGGCAACACGCGGUGGUCAAGUUUCUGCUGGAGAAAGGUGCCACGCCAACGAUGCGAAAUCGAAUGUUGGACACGUGCCUUCAUGUCGCCGUGAAAAACGGCGAUGUUGAGACGGUGAAGGUUAUCGUGGAAAACUGUGGAUGUCAAUUGCUGAACUUGAAGGAUAAAUUUGAAAACACGACGUUACAUUUGGCUGCAAGAACAGGCAACGAAGAGGUUCUUAAAAUAUUGUUGUCUUUCAACCCUAACAUGAGAGCAAUUGAUGACCGUGGCAAAUGUCCCAUUCAUAUCGCUGCAGAGAAUGGUCAGACAGAAUGCGUUAAGCUUCUUGUCCAAUCGGACAAAUGCAGUGUUCACGUGACUGAUUUUAUGUGGCGUACGCCGCUGCACUUGGCGUGUUUAUCUGGUAAUGACUUGGAUAUAGUAAAGUUUUUGUUGGAGAGUGGCGCAGACCCUAACGCUAGAGACGAUCGAAGAUGGACUCCACUUUUGUACGUCGCAGCAAAAGGUUGUCCUUGCUGCACUUCGCUCUUGGUUCAGUUUGGCGCGAAAAUAAACGAAUGGGAUAAAAACAGAAUGACAGCGCUCAGUGUGGCUGCGAAAUCCAAUCAGCAUUUUGCAGUGGAGAAACUGUUGGAAAUUGGCGCCGAUCCUUCUAUUUUAACAUGUGACGGCCUCAACUGUAUGGAUAUUGCUCUUAACAAUCGUUUUCACGAUGUGUGCAUGGUCAUCGCCAAAAGCGACAAAUGGAGGGAGGCCUUAGUUUCGACAACCACGAUGGAAAGUUGUUUGGAAAUAUCUCCGGACGUAGCCAAGGUUAUUCUUGACAGAUGCAUCGAAUACAGCGGCAGGGAAGUUGACAAGGACUACAAAGUGACGUAUAAUUUCGAGCUGCUGGAUUCUCAUCCAGAAUUGCACGAAGACUAUUACGGUCCGUUGACAAUGAAAGUGGCAAGACGCUAUGAAUUGUUAACUCAUCCUUUGACCAAGCAACUUAUCGAAACAAACUGGAAGAGUGGCGUCCGUUACAUUUACUACGCCCAAAUGUUUUUUUUGGCACUAGCCUUGGUGUCUCUGACAAUAUUUCUUCUUUGGACGAAAACCGUAAUCGAAGAAUGUUAUGAUGCAAUUAAGGAUGAAUAUGAUCAAGUCGACAAAAACUCGUCCUUUUAUAAAAACGAUGAAGAUUUCUGUCUCCAAGUAUUUCAAGCAAAGGGAUAUGAGGGAUAUACGUUUGAUGAAAACAGAAUGACAUUCCUUCGAUAUUUUGUCUUCGUGUACUUUCUGUGUUAUCUUGGAAAGGAACUGAAGCAACUUAAGCAGGAGCGUUGGGAGUACUUUCUGGAACUCACAAAUUACUUGGAUUUGGCUGUGUCUUUAUUGUUCUUGAAUUUCGUCGAAUGGCCUGGAGGUAAACCUAUCCCGUUCUGCCGACUAAAGUUUGGCAUCGUUGGUAUUUUUGCCUAUUAUUUCCUGGUGUUCUUAUGGACAAGAGGACUUACACGAUGCGGCAUUUACAUAACAAUGUUUUUGGAAGUACUUGAGACACUGGUGAAGGUCGUGUCUGCGUUUGUGUUGCUAUUUGUGUGCUUUUCUGUCACGUUCUACAUGGUUUUUACUACGAAGGAAACCGAGGAGUUCUCGGAUUUUUUUGAUGCGGUUUUGAAAGUAAUCGCCAUGGUGAUGGGUGAACUUGAUUAUUCGGGUCUUCGUCAGAAAAGUUGUUCUUUAACCCAGGAUAUGCAAGACAUCGCUAUUAUUGUCUUUGUUAUAUUCUGCAUUACCAUGUCUCUUGUUGUCAACAAUCUCCUUAUUGGUCUGGCUGUUGGUGACAUCGAAGCGGUUCGCAAGAAUGCCGAAAUCAAACUGCUCUCAUUGCAGGUUAACGAGAUCCUUCAAGCCAGAGCUAAGAUGGUUAUUGCAAGGUUUCGUGCAAAAUUUUACAUCAAAUCUGUCACCAAAAUGCCGAACAAACACGACCGAAAGGCUGAACAGCGACAAAAGGAGCUGAUGCUACGAAAUCAACACAGAGACGGAAAAAAAAAGACGGAACUGGUUUGUGCAUGAUGUUUUGGACAAAACGGAGUAUAGUUCAAAGUCGUUCUUGUAACCACAUUUUCAGCCGAGUAAUAACCUUCGUGAAUGGUUUUGAAACGGAUAUUUGAUGGUAUUGGAAAGCAAUGUCCUUCUCAUAUAAAAGAGAUUUCCAUGUUCUACUUUUAGUAUAUAUUCAUAUCAGGAUAACACAGUUCAAUCGUCAUGCAUGUGUAUAUAAUAUGUAUCUUAAUAAAUGAAUGG